CUCCCCUCCUUUAAUUUUCUACAUUCUUCUUUCGCGCAUGUACGGCGGCGUGACAUACUUUCACGAUAUAGCCGCUCCUGGUACGCAUUGUAAGCGCAACAUAAUUCCGUUAGGCCGUUAGGCAGUUAAGACGCGCGGCAGUUGGCGCCUGGCGGCAGUCUUUGUGCGUUUUUCCUCAAGUUCAGUUGUGCCUGUCUGCAGCUUUAAAAAUGAGCGAUCGCACCGUGGUGAUAGUGUCUGCCGUUAGGACACCCAUAGGAUCGUUUUGUGGAUCCUUAUCCUCAUUGAAGGCAUCUGAGCUGGGAAGUAUCGUUAUCAAGGAAAGUCUAAUAAGAGCUGGACUGAAAGGAACAGAUGUUUCUGAAGUCAUUAUGGGCCAGAUACUCACUGCAUCUGAAGGCCAAAAUCCUGCAAGACAAGCAGCAGUACAUGCUGGCAUACCUAUUCAUGUACCUGCUUAUCAAAUAAACAUGUUGUGUGGUUCUGGUCUAAAGUCCGUAAUGGCUGCUUAUUGUAAUAUAAAAUCAGGAGAAAGUGAUAUAGUUGUAGCUGGUGGUCAGGAAAAUAUGAGUAGAGCACCGCAUGCUAUUUAUCUCAGGAAUGCUGUAAAAUUUGGAAGUUGUAAUUUAAUGGACACACUAGAGGAUUGUUUAACAGAUGCCUUUCAUAAUAUUCACAUGGGAAUGACAGCUGAAAAUAUUGUUGAAAAGUAUGAAAUAAGCAGAGAGGCACAGGAUUCUUACGCGACCAAAUCUCAACAGAAGGCAGAGGUUGCUAUCAAUGCUGGAUAUUUCGAGAAGGAAAUUGUCCCAGUGACUGUUCCAGGCAAGAAAGAAUCUGUCGUUAUAUCUAAAGAUGAAUUCCCAAAAUUUGGAACGACCACUGAGAAGCUUGCAAAGUUGAAACCGGCAUUUAAACCCAACAAUGGGACAGUUACUGCUGGCACUGCGUCCGGUAUAAACGACGGUGCGGCUGCUGUAGUGCUCAUGUCCGAAGAAACUGCUGCAAAUAGAAGAAUCUCACCAUUAGCCAAUAUUGUUGCAUUUGCACAGGUCGGAGUUGAACCUAGUAUUAUGGGCGUCGGACCUAUCGAGGCUGUUAAAUUAGUCUUGAAGAAAGCGAACUGGACAAAAGAGGAAGUGGAUAUUUACGAAUUGAACGAGGCCUUCGCCGCACAAGCGAUCGUGUGUGUUCAAGAGCUCGGUUUAGAUCCCGAGAAAGUUAAUGUAAAUGGAGGUGCUAUUGCUUUAGGUCAUCCCGUUGGCACGUCAGGAACAAGAAUAUUAGUUACUCUAUUACACACUUUGGAAAGGACAGGAAAGAAAAAGGGGGUUGCGUCUUUGUGCAUAGGAGGGGGAAUGGGUAUCGCCGUUGCUAUUGAAAGAAAAUAACGAAUAUCUUUUCUAUUUAUAUAUAUAUAUAUAUAUAAAUCAUAAGUGGAAGGCUAUUUUUGUCAA